AAUGGGCUAUAAUUAUUUUAUUUUAUUUGCUCUGCGCUAAGGGUAAUUUUUUUUACUGAAUAUCAAAUCAGCCAGGUGUAGAAUUCCAUCAUUCCUUUCCCGCUCUGUCUGGUUUAUUUUGCCUCUUGCUCUUUCUCUCUUUCUCUCUCUCUCUCUCCAUCUAUUUAUUUUUAUGGCGGUUGUUUAAAAAAAAAAAAAAAAAAAAAAAGACUAAGCCCUAGAGCAGAAAGAAAUGUCGUUUGAGUUAUCAUUCGAGCACUGAGUGGAUAGAAAUCAAUACAAAAAUAAGAAAUAAGGGGAGAGAGAUAGGGACAUGCGUCCGUGUCCUUGUUUCUGUUUCGUUUCGUGUGCGUGUGUGGCACAAGAAAAGGAAAGAAAAAAGAAAGAAACGAUGUCAUUUUUGUUAUUGGGCAUCCCAACGGAAGGCGAUAAGAAAACUUUAAUUAAAGCCCUGUUGGAUUGGCAAAAAGCAAAGCCUGUUCCAGGACCUUCGACGCCAAAAUUAUGCUCAAUUGAACCAGUCGUAGUGGCAAAGCAGGCGCCUAUCAACACAGUCUACCUCAACUCGUUGCUUCUGGGCGAACACUUUCAGGGUGAGAUCGCGUAUGAGCAGCUCACUAUCGGACGUAAGCUUGGAUCUGGAGGGUUCAAGGACUGUUAUGCAGGAACAUAUAUGGGAGAAGCAGUGGCUAUCGGAGAAUUGCGUAUUCAAAACUUUACAGAAAUGGAUAUUACAGAGAUGAAGCAUGAGAUCAACGUCUUGAAGCAAUUGCGCCAUGAAAACAUUAUCCGCUUCAUUGGAGUUUGCACCAAUAUCAAACAUCUCUGCAUUGUUACAGAAUUGUGUGAAAACGGUGAUCUGUAUGAUUUCAUGCGUAAAACCAAGAAACCGACCUUUGGACGUCUUAUCAUGUAUAUGCAUGACAUUGCACUCGCUUGCUCAUACCUUCAUUCCCGCCGACCUAGCAUUAUCCACAGGGACUUGAAAUCCAUGAAUAUUCUGAUUUCGUCUGACGAUCGAGCCAAAAUCAAUGACUUUGGUUUGGCGCGUAUCCGCCCAAAAGCAAAUGCGUCUUUGCAUACACAGUGCGGUACCCCUAAUUGGCAAGCACCCGAGUUUUGGACACCGAAUCCGAGCUACACUGAAAAGGUGGAUGUGUAUGCAUGCGGACUGAUUUAUUGGGAGAUUCUGUCAUGGGCCGAGCUUGGAUAUCCAUACCAUAACCUGACAGAACAUCAACUCUAUGAGGCUGUGCGCGACAAGGAGGUCCGUCCUCCGUUGGAAAAGUUGAAGAAGUACCCACCAAGUCUCAUUGCAUUGAUUCAGGAAAUGUGGCGCAAGGACCCCAAGAAGCGUCCAUCGAUGUCUCAUGUUGUUGACCGGUUGGCAGAGUACUUGGAGUAAAAAAAAGAAAAAGACAUGACCAUGAACCCUGUAGAGCUCCAUCCGUAAUAAAUAUUCUUUUUGUACUAUUUAGUUAAAAGCAUCUUACAUAUUUUGUACAAUGGAAGCGGAUUGAUUUCACCAUUUGAUGCACAAUGACUAAAGAACAGCUCAAGUUGUACAAAAGAUGCGCAUGGUCUAUUUAUCUUUAUUUUUUUU